AUGGGAUUGGGAAGACAUAUAAAGGGCAACCAGAAUGUUGCCGAUGGCUGGACUACUUCCCGAUCUUCCGCAGUUGCAGUGGUGGGAAGUGGAUUCAUCGGCAAAGGCAUCACAUUUGAGAACUACGUCGGGCCGAGCAAACACCAAGCGGCGGCGCUAAGGAGCGGCGCAAAUUUCUCCGCCUUUCUACCAAUGCAGCUUCGCGGAUAUCAAGAUACUCUCUACGUCCAUUCCUUCUGCCAAUUCUACCGUGAAUGUGACAUGUACGGCACAAUCGACUACACCUUCGGCAACGCUGCCGUCGUUAUCCAAAACAGCAAUCUAUACGUGCGAAAACCUAACGACCAACAGAGGAACAUAUUCACUGCCCAAGGAAGGGCAGACCAGAACCAAAACUCAGGAAUCUCAAUUCUAAAUUGCAAAGUGGACGCUGCCUCCGAUUUGAUUCCUGUCCAGUCCUCAUUUCGAACCUAUCUCGGUUAG